GGCUGCUCAAAGCGAGGAGGAGGCGGGGCGGAGCUUUGCCCGGGAACCGGGAGGCGGGGCUUGCGGAAGCCCAAAGAAAAGGGGCUCCGGAGAGCGGAGGCGGCGCAGAGCAGACGCGCCUCUUCUCCGUCUGUUCGGGUUCCCGUCUCGCCUCCUCUCUUCCAGUCUGUCCCCAUCGCGGCUGGGCGUCGUUCGGCUUGCAGCGACGCUCGCCUCCCCGAGGGCAGCUGCGAUGCGCCUGAUCCAGAACAUGGGGACCAUCGCCGAGUACCCCCAGGCAGGGAGCACCCUCAGCGGAGAUAGCUGCGGCUCGGGCCGCCCCCGACUCAUCAAGAUCGCCGUGGUGGGAGCCAGCGGGGUGGGCAAGACCGCCCUGGUGGUGAGAUUUCUCACAAAACGGUUCAUUGGAGACUAUGAACGCAAUGCAGGUAACUUGUACAGCAGACAGAUUGAAAUCGAUGGAGAGUUGUUUGCAAUUCAAGUCCAAGAUACACCUGGAGUACAGGUCCAUGGACACAGCCUUGACUGUAACGAGCAACUGAACAAAUGUAUUCGCUGGGCAGAUGCAGUUGUGAUAGUCUUUUCGAUCACAGACUAUAAGAGUUAUGAACUACUCAGUCGCUUCCACCAGCACAUACGGCAGCUGCACCCAGGAAACAGAGUGCCUGUGGUGGUUGUAGCAAACAAAGCAGACCUCCUCCACAUUAAAGAGGUAGAACCACAACACGGACUUCAGUUGGCUGGCAUGUUGGGUUGCACUUUCUAUGAGGUGUCUGUCAGUGAGAAUUACAAGGAGGUCUUCAAUGCCUUCCACAACCUCUGUAAAGACGUCUGUAAGCAACAAACCACCAGCAGCACACCAGAGAAGAGGAGAAGCUCUCUCAUUCCAAGACCAAAGUCACCCAACAUGCAGGAUCUAAAGAGAAGGUUUAAGCAAGCCUUAUCUGCCAAAGUGAGGACUGUCACAUCUGUCUGAAAGAUCAAACUAAAUGGGGUGGGGUUUCCCUCCCCCUUCCCAGUGCAUAUUUCUAUAGUUCCAGCUUUGGAACAUUAAUUGCUGGUACUUCAGCAUCCGAAAAUCGUGCGAGAGAAAGAGUUCAGAUGCACAUAAAGCAUUUUGUAAUGAAGGAGUAACACUGAAGCUUGAAUAAGCCCCCAAAGAAGUGGUGGAGCAUAGAACGCAUUUGAUUGACUAAAUGGACAAUAUUUUCAUGUUCUGCUGUGGAAGUUAGGUCAUGUUGAUAUUUGUAUCAUACACAAUGAAGGACAGGGAAGAAAUAUCCUGAAUGCAGUCUUACUGAUGGGGAACAAAUUGUGUGUUACAUCCAUUAGCUAUAUUUUGGUAUUUGGUGGAAGGCUGUCUUCUUUAGUAGUCUUCAAUGGAGCCGUCUGCUUUUUAAAAACCCAUGGUUUAGAACAGGGGUCAGCAACCUUUUUCAGCCGUGGGCCAGUCCACCAUCCCUCAGACAAUGUGGUGGGGU